UUCCAGACUCAGUGAAAGACAGAGAGAGAGAGUUGGUGAAUGGUGGUUGGUUGGAAAUUGAAGCAUAAAUUCACUGCGAAGGGAUUCGAAAGCUUUCCCUGAAAACGAGAAGAAAGGAAUAGAACAGAAAAGCUGAAAAGAGAAGAAGAUUUUUAGGGUUUGUGCAGAACCGACUUGAAGAAACGCAAACGGUAGAGAGGCAAAGCUGGGGAGCGAGAGCUCUGGUGUAAGGCGGUGUUUGUGUUGCACGGAUUGGCUGGUGCGAUUCUGGCGGGGCUCUCCUAGUAUGGAGAACAUGGAUGUCGAUUCCUCUCUCGAAUCGAGCCAACUCAAGCCCCGGGACCGAAUCCUGCAGAGGCUUGCUCUACUUGGAAUUCCCGCGGAUUGUCUCCCACCUGGGUUAGUUGAAUUUGUCAAGGAUGACAAGACCCGUAUACCAGAGCUGGUGUCUGCUAUAUUGCCUACAGAUGAGGAAAUGAGGGAAGCGUUCCGAGAAGCAAAGGCAGGUUCUAAGAAAGCUUCCACUAGAGUAAAAAGACGAUUCCGGGACAACGUGGAGUGGUUAAAAUGGUUGAUGUUCGAGGGUGAUCCGGCUGCUGCCCUGAAGCACCUCUCCAAAAUGAGUGUUGGCCAGCGCGGUGUUUGUGGCGCUGUUUGGGGAAACAAUGAUGUAGCAUACAGGUGUCGAACUUGUGAACACGAUCCGACAUGUGCAAUUUGUGUUCCUUGUUUUCAGAAUGGGAACCACAAGCACCACGAUUAUUCUAUUAUCUAUACGGGUGGCGGUUGCUGUGAUUGUGGGGAUAUUACGGCAUGGAAACGUGAGGGCUUCUGCUCAAAGCAUAAAGGUGCAGAACAAAUACGACCCCUUCCAGAGGAGUUUGCAAAAUCUGUGGGCCCCAUUCUUAAUGCUCUCUUCAUUUGUUGGAAGGAGAAGUUAAUGGUUGCAGAAACUACUUCUCAAGAAAAUCCUAGAGCUGGUGAUCGUAUUGGAGAGCGAAUGGAGGUUGCAAAUGAGCUAACAUUUAUGUUGGUUGAGAUGCUUUUAGAGUUUUGCAAGUAUAGUGAGAGUUUGCUCAGUUUUGUUUCUAGGGUUAUCUUUUCUUCUGUUGGCUUAUUGGAGAAUCUGGUGAGGGCAGAGAGGUUAUUGAGAGAAGACGUUGUGAAGAAGCUCAGUGAAUUGCUUCUGAAACUGCUCGGAGAACCUCUUUUCAAAUAUGAGUUUGCUAAAGUAUUUAUGAGCUACUAUCCAAAUGUUGUAAAUGAUGCCAUAAAUGAAGGCACUAAUCAUGCUUUGAAGAAAUAUCCUCUACUGUCCACUUUCUCUGUGCAAAUCUUGACUGUGCCUACUCUAACACCGCGUCUUGUGAAGGAAAUGAACCUACUUGCUAUGCUGUUGGGAUGUUUGGGGGACAUUUUUUUUUCAUGUGCUGGUGAAGAUGAUCGUUUACAGGUUGCUAAGUGGGGAAAUUUGUAUGAGACAACCAUUAGAGUGCUUGAAGAUGUUCGGUUUGUUAUGAGCCAUGCAGCAGUGGCCAAAUACAUUACCCAUGACCAGAAAAAUAUAUCAAAAACUUGGAUGAGACUUUUAGCUUUUGUGCAAGGGAUGAACCCUCAAAAGAGAGAAACAGGCCUCCAUAUAGAAGAAGAUAACGAGAAUAUCAUUUCUCCUUUUGCUUUAUGUCAUUCUAUUGCUAAUAUUCAUUCUCUCUUAGUGGAUGGGGCGUUCUCAGCUGCUAGCAGUGAAGAGACGGAUGAUGACAUUCUUUCUAACACAUAUAAGCAAGAUGUGGUUGAUGCGGAUGGCUUAAGACAUGCAAAAGUAGGACGGUUAUCUGAGGAAAGCUCCGCAUGUAGUGCAACAUGGAGGAGCAGUUCCUUAGCUUGUGCUUCAGAGGUUGCUGAGUUUAAACCUGAUGCCAUCUCUUAUCCCUUAAUUCCACCAACUUUCAAGUGGUUAAUGUAUGAGUGUCUUAGGGCUAUCGACAAUUGGUUGGUUGAUAGUACUUCAGGGGCUGCUCUUAAUGAAUUAUCUCCAAAUACUAGCAGUAAUCCUGGUAGCAAUUUUUCAGCAUUGAAGGAAACGUUAUCUAAGAUUAGAAAAGGCAAAUAUAUAUUUCGCAGACAGGCGAGUUCAACUGAAGAUCAUGAUACUUCACAUGUAAAUAGUGGUUUUGGUAUGAUUUUAGAAUUGCAGAAUGGAAAAAGUAAAGACAAUAAACUAAUGACCAGUGGUGAAAUUGAUACUGUUAAUACCUGCUGCCCGGCUUGGUCUAAUGACAGUCUGAUGGAGGGCGAUACCAUGGACAUAGAUGCAUUACGCGUUUUGAGUUUGUCUGAUUGGCCAAAUAUAAGUUACAAUGUUAGUUCACAGGAUAUAUCCGUUCACAUUCCAUUGCAUCGGUUACUUUCCUUGUUGUUGCAGAAGGCAUUGAGAAGAUGUUUUGGUGAAUCUGCAGUGCCAAAUAUGACUAGUGAUAGUUCUGCUAAUUCAUCAUCCACAAGCUGCAUUGAUUUCUUUCAACAUGUUCUUGGGGGCUGCCACCCAUUUGGGUUUUCUGCCUUUGUUAUGGAGCAUCUGUUACGGGUGAGGGUAUUUUGUGCUGAGGUUCAUGCUGGAAUGUGGAGGAAGAAUGGUGAUACUGCCCUGUAUUCUUGUGAAUGGUACCGUUCAGUUCGGUGGUCUGGACAGGGUAUAGAGCUUGAUCUAUUUCUGCUGCAGUGCUGUGCUGCAUUGGCUCCACCUGAUCUUUUCAUAAAUAGAAUUAUUGAACGCUUUGGGCUAUCAAACUACCUUUCUCUGAAUCUUGAACGCUCUAACGAAACACCUUUUUUCAGGUAUGAACCAGUUCUGGUGCAGGAAAUGCUCACUCUUAUUAUUCAGAUUGUAAAUGAAAGGCGAUUUUGCGGGCUAACUACAGCUGAAAGUUUAAAAAGAGAGUUAAUAUUCACGUUAGCCGUUGGAGAUGCUACUCGUAGUCAAUUGGUGAAAUCUCUCCCUCGUGGCCUCUCCAAAUUUAACCAGCUACAGGAAAUUUUGGAUACUGUUGCUGCGUAUUCCAACCCAUCUGGCUUCAAUCAGGGUAUGUAUUCACUGCGAUGGACAUAUUGGAAAGAACUGGAUUUGUACCAUCCUCGCUGGAACCCAAGGGAUUUGCAAGUUGCGGAAGAAAGAUACUUUCGCUUCUGUAGUGUCUCCCCAUUGACCAGUCAACUGCCCAGGUGGACUAAGAUUUAUCCUCCUCUCAAAGAGAUGGCUAGAGUAACCACUUGUAAGGCAGUCCUUCAAAUUAUCCGUGCAGUGCUGUUCUAUGCCAUUUUCACGGAUAAAGGGAGUGAAUCACGUGCUCCUCAUGGUGUACUUCUUACUGCAUUGCAUUUACUCUCGUUAGCAUUAGACAUCUGUUAUCAGCAGAGAGAAUCAAGUGACCAGUCAUGUUCGAGUAUGGAUGAGGUUCCCAUCCUAACUUAUUCUGUUGAAGAAAUUUGGGAGGGAUUAAAUUAUGGUGCUGGUGGACAAAGCUUGCUGUCACUUCUUGUUUUUUUGAUGAGGAUGGAGAAGAAUGAAAAUGUCAACAACUUUUUCGACACAAGCAGUUGCAACCUUUCUUCUCUGAUUGCAAGUAUAUUGAAGAAGUUUGCUGAAAUUGAUUCUGGAUGUAUGGCCAAAUUGCAACAACUUGCACCUGAAGUGGUCAAUUGUCUAUCACAAUCCAAACCCAGUAGUGAUACAAAUAUCUCAGGGUCAGCUUCUGAUAGUGAGAAACGGAAGGCAAAAGCUCGAGAGAGACAGGCUGCCAUCUUGGAAAAAAUGAGAGCUGAGCAAUCAAAGUUUUUGGCAAGCAUGGAUUCCGCUGUGGAUGAAAGUUCAAAAUCUGGACAAGUAGUAAAUAGCUCUGAUGUUGGAGAUGAUUCAGAACAGACAGCAGAAGUUGUUUGCUCCCUUUGCCAUGAUCCCAAUUCCAAAGAUCCCAUGUCAUUCCUGAUUCUUCUGCAGAAAUCUAGGCUUGUGAGUUUCGUUGACAGAGGUCCCCCAUCAUGGGAUAAAUUUUGCCGGUUAGAGAAGGAGCAUGUUUCUGCUGCCACAGACAAGGUGACUGAUCAAUCUGGAAUAAGCACCUCAUCAGGUGGUUCAGGAUUGAUUUCAUCGUCCCCAUCAGCACAGUUGGUUCAGAAUGCAGUCAAUGAAUACUCUCUUUAUGGACAACCUGAGGAAGUCAAUGCUUUUGUAGAUUUUGUCAAGGCUUGGUUCCCUGCAGUGAGGGAUAUUCAAGUGCCACGCACAUCCAAUGAUGGAAGGGAGAGGACUGUAUAUUCCAUGGAGACGUUGGAACAAGAUAUGUACUUCUGCAUACGUAGAGAAAUGCAUGAUACUUUGCUUCAUUCAAAUUUUACAGAGGAUGAUAAUAAACUUUCAACUGCUGAAGGGAGUUCAGAAAGAAGGAAAGAUGCUGAAUCUGUCUUGCUUGGAAAGUACAUAGCUGCUCUUUCUAGAGCAAUGAAAGGAAGUCCCUCAGCAUCUGAAGAUGCUCGUAAGGAUAAGGCUUCAGUAGAAUCUACUUCAAAGUGUCCAGCAUACGAUGGAUUUGGCCCUUCAGAUGGUGAUGGAGUUCAUAUUUCUUCCUGUGGGCAUGCUUUGCAUCAGGGAUGUCUUGAUCGCUAUUUAGCUUCAUUGAAGGAAAGAUAUGUCAGAAGAAUUGUUUUCGAAGGAGGCCAUAUCGUGGACCCAGCUCUGGGAGAGUUUCUCUGCCCCGUAUGUCGGCGACUCGCAAAUUCUGUCAUGCCUGCUUUACCUGGGGAUUUCAAAGAUGGUUGGGAGCAGUCUGUAAGUUCAACUGUGAGUUACUCAUGUGCUGCUGGCCCUUCAGCCGCAUCGUCUGAAGAAAUUAGUUCACUUCGCAUUCAGCAAGCCUUGGCUCUCUUGCAAUCUGCAGCCAAUGUGGUUGGGAAGGAUGAAAUUCUUAAAGCUCUUCCCCUGCAGGGAAAUGGAGGAAUGAGGUCAAAUCUUGAGUCUGUUCGUCGGGUGUUCUCUAAAAUGUAUUAUCCAAACAAACAGGAUAAGUUAUCACAGUCUGAAAGGGUAAGCCACUCAAUGCUUAUGUGGGACACUCUUAAGUACUCCAUCGUAACAAUGGAAAUUGCUGCUCGUUGUGGAAGGACUCAUAUGACCCCAAAUUAUGGCCUUAAUGCCAUGUAUGAGGAACUCAAAUCUUCCAGUGGAUUCAUAUUGUCCUUGUUGCUAAAAAAUGUCCAAAACGCACGAAGUAAGAAUGCUCUUCAUGUGCUUCAAAGAUUUAGAGGUAUUCAGCUUUUUGCAGAGUCUAUUUGCUCUGGUAAAUCUUUAGGCUAUGCCAGUAGCACAUCUGGACAAGGUAAUAUUUUAGGUAUCUUGAAGCAUCUUGAGAUGAAAGAAUCCUUUCCUGAUACUCAAUUUUGGAAUCGAGCUUCUGAUCCUGUCCUUUCUGGUGACCCUUUUUCAUCAUUGAUGUGGGCUAUCUUUUGUCUUCCAUAUCCAUUUCUAUCAUGCGAAGAAUCGAUGUUAUCCCUUGUGCAUGUCUUCUAUGCCAUCUCUGUAGUGCAGGCUAUAAUUACAUAUUGUGGGAUACAUCACUGCAAGACGAGUGAACUAGGAUUUAAUGAUUGCCUGAUUUCUGACAUCUGCAAAGUUUUGGGGGAAUCUGGAUGUGCCCAGCAAUAUUUUGUCUCACGUUAUAUUGGCCCAUCGAGUAAUAUUAGGGAUACAAUUCGCAGCUUGAGUUUCCCUUAUUUGCGGAGGUGUGCACUGCUGUGGAAACUACUCAACGCAUCUGCCCCAGCACCUUUCUAUGAUAGGGAUAAUGUGUUUGAUAGAUCAUCUGUUGCCAUCAAUGACAUGAUGGAUAUCACUGAUGGUUCGUUGAUCGAGUUCAAUGAAAUCCAACAGCUGGAGAACUUGUUUAAGAUUCCACCGCUGGAUGUUGUUUUAAAGGAAGAAAUUCUGCGUCCUCUAGCUUUAAAAUGGGUUUAUCAUUUCUGUGAGCAGUUCAAAGUUCGUGGUUUUGGACGUGAAAUGCAUAUUACACCUGCAAUUCCAUUUAAGUUAAUGCAUCUUCCCCAUCUUUACCAGGAUGUCUUGCAGAGGUUGAUAAAACAGCGUUGCCCUGACUGCAAAUCUACCCUUGGUGAGCCCGCAUUAUGCCUCCUGUGUGGUAGAUUAUGCUCUCCAAGCUGGAAGUCUUGCUGCAGCCAAAGUGGAUGCCAAGCUCAUGCAAUGGUCUGUGGUGCUGGUACUGGAGUGUUCCUAUUGAUCAGGAAAACAACAAUCCUGCUACAGAGAUCUGCACGUCAGUCUCCUUGGCCAUCACCUUACCUGGAUACUUUUGGCGAAGAGGAUAUUGACAUGCAUAGAGGGAAGCCAUUGUACUUGAAUGAGGAACGCUAUGCUGCUCUAACUUACAUGGUUGCUUCCCAUGGCCUUGAUCGGAGUUCUAAGGUUCUUCACCAAACUACUAUUGGUUCUUUCUUCACGGUGUAGUGUGGAUUUCAUGCUUAUGUUUCUUGAGAAGGCUGUUCAGAAUUUUGAAUGAGACCUAUAAGGAGAUGGAAAGUGUUCCUGCAUAUGCUCUAUAUAUCUGAUAGGGGCAAUUUAUUAAGGAUCUUGGACUUUGGCAUGGUGUUGUACAUACAGCUCAUUCAGAUUUAUCAUGAGAAAAUCUUCAGAAGAAAUUUGCAUUUUCGCAAUGGACUAUGAUAAGUGAGAUUGGGAUUCAUACUCUUCUGUCCAAAUUAAUGAUUCCGUCAAGUUGACUUAACAUUGAUAUCAACAACCUUAACCUAACGGGUAUCAUGGGCAUCCUGAUUCACUAUGACCAGAGAUGGUAUUGACGCUAUCCAGCACUUGGUUGAGAUGGGCCUCUUUGUCUUAUUCUCAUUUUUUUACCACCUUUUCAUGGUUAACAAUGAUGAAUCAUGAGAAUCUGGCUUGCAUAUCCUAAUUGUUCUAUUUAUUGGAAUGUAACUUCUUAGUAAAGUUAUUUAAUAAGACUGGGCAGAAUGUUGUGAAGUUAUAGGUUUUAGAACGGACAUAAGCUUUAGCCCAUCCUGCAAUUUUGCCCUUUGUUGCAAAUUACAGUAUUUAGGGCUUUGUUCUUGAGGACUGAAUCUAAUGCUUUGGAUGGUAAAUAAACUUUAUUCGUAAGUUACAUUUUAUUAA